AUGGAUUAUAACGGUAUAGAUAGCAGCUCUGUAAAAACACACGUUCAUUUAAAUGAGAUAUUGAAUAACGAUAAGGUAGUUAACGCCACUUUGAUAGAAAACUACAUUUUGCAAUUAAAGAACAAUCGGUCGAUAAUCUUUCCUGAUGAACAACCAAAUGGAAGCAUUGGGCUGAACAAGUUCAUAUCUUUAUUUAUUCCAACUAUUAAUAGUUUGUUGAAUGGAGAGCAUUAUUUUGAAAUAGACCCUGAACGGGUGGUGAUAAGUUUGUUGGAUGCAAUAUUAGCAUAUUUGAAUAUUGAGGAAAUUUUACUGCUUUAUCCGUUAGAUUUUAUAAUAAAUGGAUUGACGGGAGAUUCGGCAAUCUGCUGUAUGAUUAUAAGAUUGUUACGGAAUAAUGCAACGUCGGAGACCACGGUUAAGUUAUUUGAUGAAACAGCCAUAUUAGAUACCAUUUUGUCUAGAUAUUUUGAAAAGAAUACCACAUUGAACGUAGUGAGUCAAGUUGAGUUGCUAAUCUCUGAAUUAGUUGAUCUUUCGAGUACUGUUGUAUCUACAAAGUUAUUGAGUACGGAAUUCAGAGACUUAUACGAACACGCAAGAGACAAUGAAGAUAAGUUGGUUAAAUUUUUAGACUAUAUUCUCUUGUUGAUGCCGUAUAUUUUAGAGAAGCAAUUUGACUUACCAAAGAAUUACUACGUUUUAUCGUAUCUGGAGUUUUACGAAAAUGAUGAUGUUUUGCAGGUAGUUUUGUUUAUUCAAUUCUACAGUAAGUUAAUUCAGCGGAUAAACACCUUUGGUAAUGAUACGAAUAUCAUCCAUAAUAUUAAGCCAUGCUUGAAAGAUUUGAUAUCAUAUUUUAAAACGAGACAAAAUGAUGACAUUGUUCAAUCUUUCUAUGCAAAUGAUAUCGUUGACGUAUUAUUUCACGUAUCAUACUCUAAAGUUCCCGAGCUUCUCACGUUUAAUGAAGAAGUCGUUGGCCAGUAUGAAUUAUUUAAAUCAUAUAACCUAUUCUUGCAUUUAGAUUGUGACAUCAAGUUGCUAAGCACGUUUAAUCCGCGAGCCUUGCCUCUUGAAAUAAUUGAAGAUAUUCUACAAGAAAUAUCUAUUUUCAAUCAAAAAUACUUUAGCAUCCUAUUGAACUGUAUUGGUUCGGAAAAUGUAUUUAAUAAGCUAAUUCCAAGGUUGACUACAUCAGUUAUAGGCAAAUUGUCAUUUGAUAUGUUAUACAGCUUAUUAUUACGAAUGUCUGAAUUUGAGUACUCCAGAAAGCAUUUAAUAAACGGGAUGCCGAAUAUUGUUUCAGAUUAUUUAGCUAAUCCACCGAAUGUCUCUGAAUCUGAAAUUUGGAAUUUGAAAAAGGAUACUCUACAGAAUUUACUCUUUAGUAAUACUGAUUUAAACGUCUGGCAUGAUCCAAUUUCUAAAAACUUUAGUCUUAUGUGUAAUGGAAGAAAAGUUCAAGAUAUACUACCACAAGUUGACAUAGCGGAUAAAUCAUUACAAUAA